UCACAGGAGAAGGCUGUUCCUGUCUACUAACGGAAUGGUAUUCGUUCAAAUACUGCUUCAAAAUUUGUUUGACAUACUCGCUAUUCUCCUUACUGUAAUAGGACUCGUCACUUGCAAGAAGAAGCCUCAAUUUGAUGAGCAAUUUGGGCUUUAUGAAGGCGGCACUGACGAAGACGAAAGGGAAAGCGCACGACGGCGGCGGCUGAGCAUGAGAAGUAAAGGAAGGAUGCCGCGCAGGGCGCGAACAAGACGAUUGGGAGUGCAGGAGUCAGAGGAAGGCAAGGAAGAGCCGGAAAAGGGAGUGUUUAAGAUACGACCACCAGCCGAAACAAAAAUGAAAGCUACUUUUGAUCCCAAUUAUCAGACAUUAGCUGGGCUUAAUAACGAAGAUAUAUUCAAACCCAAAGAUUUCAAAAUUCGUCCUCCAGCUGAAACUAAAAUGAAGGCCACAUUCGACCCAAAUUAUCAAACAUUGGCUGGGUUGAAUAACGAAGAUAUUUUUAAACCAAAAGGAGGAGGAGGUGCUUUUGGUGGUGAUAACCUUCAAAUAAGAGCACCAAAAGAAGGAGGCAAGGCUGCAACUUGGGAUCCAAACUAUCAAACGCUUGCUGGGCUCAACAACGACGAAGUCUUCAAACCAAAGGAUGGAGGUGCAAAAGGGCCAACUGGAGGUGGUAAUCUAAAAAUUAGAGCACCACAAGCUGGAGGAAAAGCUGCCACAUGGGAUCCAAAUUAUCAAACGUUAGCAGGAUUGAAUAACGAAGAUAUCUUCAAGCCAAAGGAUACGGGAAAAGGAGGAGCAGGAAUGGGUGGGGGCGAAGAUUUCAAGAUCAGGGCCCCUAAGGCUGGAGGCAAAGCUGCAACAUGGGAUCCUAAUUAUCAAACACUCGCUGGUCUCAACAAUGAUGAAGUUUUUAAACCAAAGGACACAGACAAAUUCAAAAAAGGUGGUGGCAGUCCAGAGAUAAAGGCGCCUAAAGUGGGAGGAAAGGCAGCAACAUGGGAUCCCAACUAUCAAACUUUGGCUGGCUUAAAGAAUGAAGACAUUUUCAAACCUAAGGGUGGCGGCGGUGGUUUGGGUGGCGCUAAACAAGCGCAGAAACCAGCUCAGCAUAAAGUAGUGGCAACAAAUGAUCCCAAUUAUCAAACGUUGGCAGGAAUCAACGCUGAUGUCUUUGGCGAAGAUAAAAAGAAAAAACAGAAGCAAGCAGCUUUUGAUAGAUGGGCAACAUAUUAA